GGACUUAAGUCUCCGCGGCAGCCUCAACCAGCCCCAGCUGCAAGCCUCAACCCUUGCGCCUUCGCAUAGAGUACUGUCUGCGCUCCCUCCGCGCACCCUCCACAGCACACAGACGGAGCCACCCGCUCUCUCGUCUCUUGUUCUCCCUGCGGCCCGGAUACAUAGUAUGAACUUUAGGUGUUUCGUCUCCCAGCCAUUUUCUAUGGAAAACCAGCAAGAUCGGGCCAUGAUAGCUGCUGGCAGCUUUGAAGAGCGGGACACCUUUAGAGAAGCCUGAUCUUAGAGGCCUCAGCGUGAGACCUUACAAAGCCAGAUUCCGGCAGAGUUCCUCUAUCUCGUCUUGUUGCUGGUUGAAGGUGCCCCCUUCUCCAAUUUUCCUUCAUCUUCUGGGAGGUAGCAGGAAAUAAGCAUCAUGGUUGGGUUCAAGGCCACAGAUGUGCCCCCUACCGCCACUGUGAAGUUCCUGGGGGCCGGCACAGCUGCCUGCAUUGCAGAUCUCAUCACCUUUCCCCUGGAUACCGCCAAAGUCCGGCUACAGAUCCAAGGAGAAAAGCAGGGAGCAGUGAGAGCAGCAACCUGUGUCCAGUACCGCGGCGUGCUGGGCACCAUCCUGACCAUGGUGCGCACCGAGGGUCCCCGAAGCCUCUACAACGGGCUGGUCGCCGGCCUGCAGCGCCAGAUGAGCUUCGCCUCUGUGCGCAUCGGCCUCUAUGACUCCGUCAAGCAGUUCUACACCAAGGGCUCUGAGCACGCCGGCAUUGGGAGCCGCCUCCUGGCAGGGAGCACCACCGGGGCCUUGGCUGUGGCUGUGGCCCAGCCCACGGAUGUGGUAAAGGUCCGGUUCCAGGCUCAGGCCCGGGCCGGAGGCAGCCAGAGGUACCAAAGCACCGUUGAUGCCUACAAGACCAUUGCCCGAAAGGAAGGGUUCCGUGGACUCUGGAAAGGAACCUCUCCCAAUAUCGCUCGUAAUGCUAUUGUCAACUGUGCUGAGCUGGUGACCUAUGACCUCAUCAAGGAUGCCCUCCUGAAAGCCAACCUCAUGACAGAUGACCUUCCUUGUCACUUCACUUCUGCCUUCGGGGCAGGCUUCUGCACCACCGUCAUCGCCUCCCCUGUGGAUGUAGUCAAGACGAGAUACAUGAACUCUGCCCUGGGCCAGUACAGCAGCGCUGGCCACUGUGCCCUCACCAUGCUCCAGAAGGAGGGUCCCCGGGCCUUCUACAAAGGGUUCAUGCCCUCCUUUCUCCGUUUGGGUUCCUGGAACGUGGUGAUGUUCGUCACCUAUGAGCAGCUGAAACGGGCCCUCACGGCUUCCUGCGCUUCCUGGGAGGCCCCCUUUUGAGCCUCUCCUGCUGCCGGCCUGACCACUCUGGCUUGGCUUUGGCUCCAGCCAGGCCCUGCUUCCCUUUUCCUCCUCCCUCACUCCGCACCCCUUCUGCUCCCAUUUCUACCACCCCCUGCCCUCUCCCCACACUCUCACCUCUCCUCCCACCUCAUGUCCCCACGGCCUCUCAGUCCUGGUGGAGUGGGUCCCAGCUGACACUGUGGGAGGCCUGACACCAACCAGGAUCCCAAGCCUCUCAGCCCGGCUCUUCAAGAUUCUGUCCCCAAGCCCAGAGAGCACAUCACCCAUAAAACAAGCUCAAUCUCGG